AUGAUACCAGGUAAUAAACCUGGAGAUGGUUUACAGACUGUGAUACCAGACAAUAAACCUGGGGGUGGUUUACAAGCCGUGAUACUAGGCAAUAAACCUGGGGAUGGUUUACAGACCGCGAUACCAGACUAUAAACCUGGGGAUGGUUUACAGAUUGUGAUACCAGAUAAUAAACCUGGAGAUGGUUUACAGUCUGUAAUACCAGACUAUAAACCUAGGGAUGGUUUACAGACCGCGAUACCAGACUAUAAACCUAGGGAUGGUUUACAGACCGCGAUACCAGACUAUAAACCUAGGGAUGGUUUACAGACUGUGAUACCAGACAAUAAACCUGGAGAUGGUUUACAGACUGUGAUACCAGACUAUAAACCUAGGGAUGGUUUACAGACUGUGAUACCAGACAAUAAACCUGGAGAUGGUUUACAGACUGUGAUACCAGACUAUAAACCUAGGGAUGGUUUACAAGCCGUGAUACUAGGUAAUAAACCUCGGGGUGGUUUACAGACCGCGAUACCAGACAAUAAACCUCGGGAUGGUUUACAGACAGUGAUACCAGACUAUGAUCUAAAUCUAUGUAGCAAUCAAAUACGGGUUUCAAUUGAACUAAGUCUAAUAACUGUCAAAAAAUCUUCUUUUUUUCUCGCGAAGUUAAUGUACCGUAAUUGA